AUGGCAUCCACAGGGUUUGAUCUGCCAAAAGCGGACAAUCGCCACGAUAAGAUUCAGGAAGAAUCUAAAAUCGAGUCCCAAGAUGCUGUAUCGAUUUCAGUACAAUCCACAAACGACUCAACCCAUCGCCAGCUCCGACCAAGACAUGUUCAACUGAUUGGUAUUGGAGGGACUAUUGGCACGGCUCUUUACGUUCAGAUUGGAAAAGGAUUGAUCAAUGGAGGCCCUGGAAGUUUGUUUUUGGCCUUUACAAUAUGGUGUACAUUUAUAUUGGCCGUUACCAAUUGCAUGGCUGAAAUGGUCACAUACCUGCCUAUUUCAUCGCCUUUCAUCCGCUUUGCUGGCCGUUAUGUCGACGAAGCAUUCGGUGUUGCCGCUGGUUAUAACUUCUUUAUUUUCGAAGCGGCUCUGGUGCCCUUCGAAAUUGUGGCCUGCAAUGUUAUUAUACACUACUGGAGUGACGCCGUUCCUGCAGGAGGUAUUAUUGCGAUUGUGAUCGUUUCUUAUGGAGUUAUCAACGUCUUCGCGGUGAAACUGUAUGGAGAGUCUGAAUUUUGGCUUGCAUUGGGCAAAGUACUCCUGAUCAUUGGCCUGAUUAUUUUCACAUUCAUCACUAUGGUGGGAGGCAAUCCGAUUCAUGAUCGCUUCGGUUUCCGAUACUGGUCUAGUCCCGGCGCAUUUGCAGAGCUCUACAAGACUGGAGACCUAGGAAGGUUUCUAGGCUUUCUGCAAUGUCUUAUCCAAGCCUCCUUCACCAUUGCAGGUCCAGAUUACGUGUCUAUGGCCGCCGGAGAGGCAGAGAACCCUCGUAAAGCGAUGCCUAGAGCGUUCAAUGGAGUCUUCUACCGUCUCACCGCAUUCUUCGUGCUGGGAAGUCUGGCAGUCGGGAUCCUCGUUCCUUAUGACGACCAAGAAUUGAAAGACGCCUUCACCAACGGCCUCCCUGGAGCAGCAGCCUCCCCAUAUGUCGUCGCUAUGCGCCGCCUCAAAAUCAAGAUCCUCCCCGAUAUUGUCAACUCCAUGGUUCUCGCAGCUGCAUUCUCCGCCGGAAACAGCUACGUCUACUGCGCAUCCCGCUCUCUCUUCGGUUUGGCGCUGGAAGGCAAAGCUCCCCGAAUCUUCACUAGAUGCACCAAGCAUGGUGUGCCCAUCUACUGUGUAGCCGUUGUGCUAGCCAUCUCGCUCCUCUCCUUCCUACAGGUAUCGAACAACGCCGCCGUGGUUCUAAGUUGGUUUGUCAGUCUAGUGACCGCCAGCCAACUGAUAAACUUCUCUGUUAUGGCGUAUACGUUUAUUGCCUGGAAGAGGGCAUGUGAUGCUCAGGGUCUGGAUCGGAAAUCGUUACCGCAUACGAGCUUUUGGCAACCGUUCUGUGCGUACUAUGCGCUGACUGGCACAUUUAUUAUGACGUUUGUUGGAGGAUAUACCGUUUUCAUGCCAGGACAAUGGGAUAUCCCCACCUUCCUCUUUUCAUAUAUGAUGGUCUUUCUUUUCCCCGUCAUCUUCAUCAGCUGGAAAUUGCUGAACAAGACCAAAUGGCUUAAGCCUGAAGAGGUGGUGCUGAGAACAUCCGAGGUGGAUGAAAUUGAUGAAUAUACCAAAAAUUAUGUCGAACAACCGCCUUCAACGAGAUGGCAUGCCUGGUUAGAUAGGUUGUUUGGCUAG